GAACUCAGAUAAAUUUGCUUAAAGCAAAGUCAGUCAUAAGCUGCCCGCAGCUGAGUCGUAAAGGGUCCCCUGAUGAAGCCAGAAGGCCACCAAGAGGAGCAAGAGAAAUCGAAUAAAAGAAGUUUCGUCCAUCCCAGUCCGAGAAUGCCAAAUAUAAAAGUAUUCACGGGAUCUUCCCACCCUGACAUCGCUGAGAAAAUAUCAUCCAGACUUGGACUAACUUUGGGAAAGGCGAUUACAAAAAAAUUCAGCAACAAGGAGACUAAUGUUGAAAUUGGCGAAUCUGUAAGAGGUGAGGAUGUCUAUAUUGUUCAAAGUGGAUCUGGAGAAAUCAAUGAUAAUCUUAUGGAGUUAUUUAUUAUGAUCAACGCUUGCAAAAUCGCAUCGGCUUCAAGAGUUACCGCGGUCAUACCUUCCUUCCCAUACUCCAGACAAGACAAAAAAGAAAAAAGUCGAGCGCCCAUAACUGCCAAGCUGUUAGCUAAUCUCAUAUCAGUUGCCGGUGCCGACCAUGUUAUUACCAUGGAUUUGCACUCUUCUCAAAUCCAAGGAUUCUUCAAUAUACCUGUAGAUAAUCUUUACGCCGAACCAGCUAUCACAAAAUGGAUUAAAGAAAAUAUACCUGAAUGGAGUACUAGCGUAAUGGUGUCACCUGACGCGGGCGGUGCGAAAAGAAUGACUGCUAUAGCCGAUCGACUUGACAUUGAUUUUGCUAUUAUCCACAAAGAAAGGCAAAGAGCCAAUGAAGGUGAUUCCACAGUUCUUGUUGGCGAUGUCAAGAACAGAACAGCUAUCAUGGUCGACGACUUAGCAGAUACAUGUGACACAAUAGUUAAAGCCGCAGAUAAAUUACGCGAAGCUGGAGCAAAUAAAAUUUAUGCGAUUUUAACACAUGGUGUGUUUGCUGGUGACGCUAUUCAGAAAAUCAAUGCCUCAUGCUUGGAAGCUAUUGUGGUAACGAAUACAAUACCGCAGGAUAAACAUAUGAAACUAUGUCCUAAACUCCAGACUAUAGACAUAUCUGUGAUGCUGGCUGAAGCUAUACGACGUACUCAUUAUGCUGAAUCCGUUUCAUAUUUAUAUACGACUGUACCCUAUUAACAGCGAUUUAAGUUUUUAAUAUAUUAUCAAAGUUUACAUAAAUUGUAAUAUAAAAUUAAAUUGUAAAUAUAUA